GCAAAUAAAAGCUAUGAUACGUAAACUCACUUAAAACGAAAUGUAUUUAAGAGCCAGGAAUAUCGGAAAGAAGUAUUGCCAUUUGUCAUUAAAGGGCAGUUUAGCAAGUAUCGUCCUUAUGAUUUGACGAUAUCAUGUAAAACAUAUCUUAGGCCUAUUUGCAGUCCAUUCUAUGUUUGAGAACUAAAGCAGUAACAAACACAUUGGGUUUUUACCAAACCCUGAGAGGGAUGCUAUGAAGCAUAGUCCGCUUAUAACAUGGUUAAGGUUUUGAUUGGUCGAAACUAUAACAAUAGAAUAUUGAAACAUGUGCCCCCAAAAGACUUCGCCUUCAUAUAUUCUACCAUUUUGCAGAAUAAAUGGUGGUAUACAUGUAUAUUGUGUUCUGUUUCGGUAAAUCUUCUUGUACCAGACUUUAACAUGUGAUUGGUAAUUGGUUGAAACUCUACAGUGAAUGAUGUAGAAAGCAAUUCUUCAACAAAAUGGCCAUUGUGAAGAUGGUGAACAAAUACCUGUUGCUCGCAAGUUUCGCAAGUAUCUUGCAAAAAGGCUUUUCGGCAGUGGAGGACUGUCCCCCGUGUGAUCCUGGCAAGUACUGCAGCAAGUUCUUUGGUGUCUGCUUAGUUUGUAGUGAAUACUGCCCCGGAGGAUCCAACUGCCCCGCCGAAUGUUCGGCUGCAGAUAUUUCAACACCAUUGGUAACGACAACCAUCUCCACCACAACAACGACAACGGUUUACACCACGUAUCAGCCACCCAUCUCAAAUUCCUCAGACAUCACUUUUUCACUAUCGAGCAACACAAAAGGACCGUCCGGAGUGGCCAACACGAAUGGUGACGAAUAUUUGAUAUUGUCUGCAGAACUCGUCUUCGGGCUCUUGAUUAGCUUGUGUUUUACAUUACUGUUGACCUGCUUAUGUCGUAAGUAUUAUAAGACACUGAAGAUACCCGAGAUAUGCUGCUUCUUUAGGAGGGGCGAUAGUAACAACAGAGACAUCGAGCUACGUGUCAUACAACGUCGUACGUCUGGGACAUAUUCGGCUGUACAGGUUGAAGAUGUUGAUGGCAUUCCUGACCCAGAUCAACCUGGCCCCUCCAGGCAAAGAGCACUUCGACCCCAACGUCCCUCUAGAGAAGCCACUGCUUCCCCUGCCUAUUCUACACCAGGCUGCCAGGAGUAUCCAGAAGAUGACAUUCCAGACCCAGAACAACCAGGACCCCCCAGACAAAGACCCUCUAGAGAAGCCCCGGCUGCCCAUGCCCAAUUCACAACAGGUUGCCAGGAGACUCCAGAAGAUGGCAUUCUAGACCCAGAAGAACCUGGCCCCUCCAGGCAAACAGCACGUCGAUCUCAACGGCCCUCUAGAGAAACUACAGCUGCCCCUGCCCAAUCUACAUCAGGUUCCAUAUAUCAAUCAGCAAGUGUGUCACAAAGUGCCCCUAUUCUGGAAUUUGAAAGGAAUCAACAAGCUCGUCCAACAACUUAUCGAUCGCCUCCCCCGGAGAAAACCCCAGAAACUCUGCGAAAAAUAACAGAUGGGACCUAUGGGAAGGUGUCUAUCGGGGCGUCGAUUUUCGAUCCACCCAGCGACAUGGUAGAGGACAUUCAACGGAAAAGGCAGUCUGGACAUGGGGACUGACUAUUUUAAGAGUCAAAGCAACGCAUAAAUGGCGCCUGGUGAGAAAGCGUUCUUGCUGAUUAUUAGUGGUAAUAUCAACAUAAUGCCAACGAAGAUAAUGGCCGCCUUGAAGUACGCGCAUGGUGGGAUUCUGGACAUUGCAUCGGAAAGGGAAACUCGAGAAAUAAAUCCAAACAGUGAUGGCUUGCGACUAUGCCGGUGGUGAAUGCAAAGCGAGUCUUUCAAAGCAUUGGUUAAGCUACCAACACCAACCCUUUCUACAAAAUCCCAUGUAAAUUUGUCCUGUGUAAAGUUGUAAUUUUUUGGACGUGAUCAAAAGUGCCUUUUGUGUAAUGUUGUAUUUUUGUUGUAAAUAAUUAUCAUUACUAUGCCUUUUGCAUUUAUGAUUAAUUACAGUUUGUUUUAUUUCAUGAUUUUUUAUUCAAACAGUUCAGAACAGAAAGAAUGAAGGUAAUUAAACUGUAGAUUACAAAUACAUUUGCAAAAGAUUACAAGAGACGCCCAGAAACCUUUAUUGUUUUCACAUCAAUAUUCUUGGCACCUCUACCGAAAACAAACCUGAGGAAUUGCUUCACACAUCCUCCCGCGAGAUAAUGCAUGAUCUUUUGAACGAAACUCAUGUUGAUCAUGAAGUGCCAAAUUAAAACCUUAAGUCUUUAAUUUCUUGAGGUAAACAGAAUGUAAUGAAUAAUCUUAUCUAAGGUAGUGACCAUAAGCCGUUGGUCCUCUGGUUGCUUGCUUACAAGCAAUCAUCAUGCUUUCUUGAUUGUGUGUUAAAUAUUUUGCAGCUUAAUUCAAUGUUGCUUAAUCCCAUAAUGACUGAGAAACAAUCUUGCAUAUUUCAAUUAUUCAAAAUGUCAGGGUAGGUUUGAUCCCAGGCCGGGUCAUACCAAAGACUUUAAAGAUGAGAUCUUCUGCCUUGUCUGGAGCUCGACGUAUUACAUUGGAAAAGGAUAAUAAUAACAUGUAUGAUGUUAUACAGGGCCCAUUGGAAGAACACUUCAUUAGAGCUGAAGUGGCUACCCUGAGUCAAUAAGAAUUAUGAGUAUUAUAGUUAUUGAUAUUAUUAUUAUACACUGUAUGUAUAAACUAUAGUCUUAUAACAACAGCACCAGUCAGUGUUCUGAGAGAACAAUACGGUCAGGUGUUAAAAUACACUAUGGAGUUUUAACAUAAUAACAAAUAAUGAUUAGUGUUAAAAUAACAAACAUAAUGUGUUAUAUUACGGGGUGUUGAACGAACACCUUUUAUGCAAUGGUGUAAAAUGGUUGGUGUGAUUCUCUGGUGGUGUAGUUUUAAGACCAUUGUUUUGCAGUUAAUAGUUCAGUAUUGCUGUUAGUCCCCAAAUGUGACAUCUUCAUAGCCUAAGAUCAAUGCUGAGGGAUUGGAUGUUUAGGACUUUCUUUUCAUUUAAUAAACACACCUCUAUGAUAAUUUAGAUACCUCUAGUUUGCAGCAGGUAUUUUUUGAAAUAUAUAUGAAAAAAUAUAUGAAGGAUUUAUUCACUGAAAAUGAAAGGAAAUUACCUGUAAUGUGUAUUCUUUUUUUGUCAUUGGGUAAGCACUAGAAAUUAAUUAAACUGUUUGUAUAUGAUUAUUCUCACAUUAAUUAUCAGAAUAUGUAUUAUGUUAUCUUUUUGUUAUAAUUUAUGUUUAAUCAUGUAAUGUUUAGAAUGUUUCCUUUUCUGGAUCCUGUAUGAAUAAACUGUAAUUCUCUUUGGUAGGUAAACAAGAGUACGAUAAAUGUCUUUGUCCCAAUUGCCUGAUUGCUGAUACAACUUUGUAGACAAUGAUUGGCAAGGCCCAUGUAACCUAUUUUUAACACUCCCUUUUAAAGCCCCUUCAUAAAAAAGAGAGCAAUACAUGUGGUUGUAAGCAUGUUAGAUUUGUUUAUAGAAAAAAAUCAGCUUGAACUGAAGUACUGAUUAAUCAUAAACUAAUAGAAGCGUGACUAAAUAUGAUGAGUGUAUCGAAAUUGCUCGGGGAAAGGGGUAAACGCUUGCCGGGUCCAUCACACACAUGCCUCACAAACCGUCAUCCCCAAGACAUACUUCUUGCCAUACACACACACACACACACACACACACCCUCACCCCAUCCUCUCCCACACACGCGCGAACCCACCCACAAACCCUCAUACACGCACCUAGAAAAACAAAACAAUUUAUGGACGUAUUCAGAAGCAUCAAAUGCCUACGUAAACUCUCGUCUGAAUGCGGUGUUGGUCACGUGUAUCAUCUUGUUUGGAUUCUAUUUCAUACACCCAAAUGAUGUUUAGCGCUGUAUCUAGUAAUUUACAAGUGAUAAUGAGAAGGAAAAUGCAGGCUGCGAAAUUUUUUAAAGGCCUCAAUGCCUCCAAUUGCAAUGAUAGAACAUUCAUAACAGAAGUCAAAAAUUAAAAUGAAAGAGAAGCGGUAUUGGUGAUGGUAUCGGUGAAAGGCCUACAUUUUGACUUUUAUAUUUUUUUUUAUACAAGAGUACAUUUUUCGUUAUUCUUCAGACCGGGUAGAAAUACGUGUAGCAACUUACGCCCUUACGUACCAUGCAAAUAUGUCUUACAUAGACGUUACAAACAUAAUAGACAUAAAAAUUAUAAUAUCCAUAAUGAUGGUGAUGAUAAUGAUAAUGAAAGUAACGUCAACCUAAACAGCAAUUGUAGUAAUAAGAAACUAAAUAAUAUCGACAAUGAUGACAGACUCACAGUUCAAUCAUCAUCAAUAAACCUACACAACUAUACAGACCCCGUUUCUCCUCUGCUGCUACCGAUGUGUAAUUUCAAGAGGAAGAAGAAUUGGCACGCAUCCAAACUAAUAAAUUGACACGCAGUUCGUAAUCAAUGAAUGAAUGACUGGUAACAGAGCACACAAAAAGCCCAGCGCACACUAUGCAUUUGAUGCAACGCGAUUUUUUAAAUAAAUAAUUGAAGAUUCCAAGAAGUAAAAUCAUUUUAUUUGAAUUUUGGCAUAAUAAAAUCAUAAUUUUGCUUUUUGGCAAGUAAAAUCAAAAUCGGCUUCAAGUCGCAGCUGAUGAUGUCGUCAUUACGAUUUGGAAGUGAAUUUGCUUUUAGGCCUAUUCCUACAGGGAGGCCCGAACUAGAAUUAAUUUCCAUUUCAUUUGCCACUAUUCUAAACUCUGAUCGCUAAGAUUUCAUUGGCUGGAAUGUUCAUCUCAAAUGUUAUUACAAUUUCUUUAAAAUUCGGAUCGCAACGAAUCGCAUAGUGUGCGCUGUGCUUAAGUUUUGACAAAAGAUUUUGUUUUCGUUUCAAUGAUUACUUUACGGAAGCAUCGAAAAGAAAUGUCAAGCAUAACAUAUUUUUAUUAAUAGUCCAUGAUUAAACCUAGUGCGAAGAAAAUAAA